AGGAAACACCUGUUGAUACCCCUCCCCCACCACACACACACCCCCAGGCCUUACCUGGAUGCAGGUUAAGCAGGUGAAGCGCCUCCCCCCGGAAACGGAGAUGGAAUGCCCCACCUGCCUGGCCCAGCCUGCCCUCAUCGGAUCCAGCACUUCCAGGCCUCUGAGCCAGCCGUGACAGCUGAGGCCAUGUGAGGCAGAUCCUGAAUGAGGCUUUAUCUCUGCUCUUGGUCCUAUCAUCCACUGUGACACCAGCUCCUUCGGAGGCAGCCGGGAUGGGACAGGCAACUGAGAGAGCCAAAGAGGUGAUGGUGACCACACCCCGGACGGGGAGAGGAACGGGACUCUGGGCUUCUAGCUGCCAAGCAGGUGGUGGGGGCUCUAGGCCAUGACCCACACCCUCUAACCCCUGACACUGCCCUCUGCCCUCUCACCUGCCCCCCAGCCAUGUCUGAAGGAGAGGCUCCAGCCCCGCCGGGUCCUGGGGGGCUGCCCCCAGACAUGCUGGGAGAGCAGGUAGAGCUAUGGUGGUCCCAGCAGCCGCGGCGCUCGGCACUCUGCUUCGCUGUGGCCGUGGUCCUGGUGGCGGGCUGUGGGGCGGGUGGCGUGGCGCUGCUGUCCUCCACCAGCAGCCGCUCCGGCGAGUGGCGGCUGGCAACGGGCACAGUGCUCUGCCUGCUGGCCCUGCUGGUGCUGGUCAAGCAGCUGAUGAGCUCAGCCGUGCAGGACAUGAACUGUCUUCGCCAGCCCCACCAAGUGGCCCUGCUGCGGAGCGGCGGAGGGGCCGAUGCGCUCGUGGUGCUGCUCAGCGGCCUGGUGGUGCUGGUCACCGGCCUGACGCUGGCCGGGCUGGCCGCUGCCCCUGCCCCAGCCCGGCCGCUGGCUGCCAUGCUGUCGGUGGGCAUCGGCCUGGCUGCCACGGGUUCACUUCUGCUGCUGGGCUUGCUGCUGUACCAGGUGGGCCUGAGCGGACACUGUCCUCCCCUCCACGCAGCAGCCCCCGCCACCCCCGGUGACCACGGCGGCCACGGCAGCACCUUCAGCAUCUCAGGCCGGCUGUCUGCUGGCCAGCGUCACGAGACCACGUCCAGCAUCGCCAGCCUCAUCUGACCAAGCCCCACUUCCCCUUUCCGCCCCCCGCCCCAGCAGCCACAGGGCUGCGCCAGGCUGUCUGUGCUUGUGGGUGGGUGUGUGCUUGCACAGACACAUGCCGGGGAGUGUGCGAGUCUGUCUAUCUCCCCAGGACUGUCCGACCCUCUGUGGGGCUGCGUGACCUGUGCUGAAGAGCCCACAUGUCCCCCUGCCACAGGAAGGCAUGGGGGUGUCUCCUCAGAAGUGGGGGUGUGUGACCCUGCCUCUCUCUGGGAUCCCUGAAGACUCUUGGCCCUUACUCCCGACACCCCUCAAAUGCAACCCUGCCUUGUAACACCUGUCAGGGAGUUUCUGGGAGUGACUGUUACCUGCCUAGCCCGGAGACCAUCCCGGCAACUGUUCACUGAGGAGAGUAACGGGUGACAAAGUGAAAGGACACAGGCUCCAGGAAGUGCCGAAACUGGACUGGAAUCCCCCCAUUUACCACUCAUCAGCUGGGGGCCUGGGGCAAGUGACUGAACCUCUCUGAGCCCUGGGUUCUAGAGAGUCACAGUCGUGCUGUGAACUGGAUCGUGAGGACCACAUGCCAUCGUGUGUGAAGGGACCAGGCACGUGGCAGGUGUGCAAUAAAAGUGGUGGCCGCUGUCAUGGUGAUUGUCUGUCCGUGGCCAUCUCACCUAGAGACCUUCCUUCCCCCUCCCCGACAACCCCCGCAACAACUGCCCUUCUACAGGU